CGCUGGCUGGGAACAGGAUGCUGACAGGCCGAGCAGACGCACCGAUCCAACGGAGAAAAACCGCAGCAGCAUCCUUUGUUUUCAGGAGCAGCAUAUUCAGAUUGUGUGGCGAGCUGAAAAGAGAGUUGACGGGGCCGAGAAGAGGCAGUGAGGCUUUCAUUUCCUGCCGUCCUCUGCUUUUCCUAGGGCCCUGUGGAAGCACUCAUCCACACCACUGUCCUCACUUCUCAGUACUCUCUUACCUCCUUUCCAUUGUGUCACUGCUCUCCCUCUCUCUUUUCAUCCAUCUUUCUGUCCAUCUUGCUUGAUGAAUAGCUCCAAACCUAAGAACCACAGACUAAUAGAGACCUCUCAUCAAAGACCAGUGAAGAGCUGCUAACAGAAAGAGACUGUCCUUCACAUGCAAUGCAGUAGAAUAUUUGACUGGAGUACCAGUAAGUCUGGCUCAGGCAAUGAGGAGGGUCAGGAGCUUCAUCUCAUUCUAAACUUUCUCUUCUCCACCUUGAGUCUUCAUGUUUUGGGGGUCCUGCGGCUUCCCUGCCCUCCGUCGAACCCCCCACACCUCCAGCCACCACGGCCGGCCACCCCAGUCGCCUCGUUGCCAUGCCGACAGAGGCACUGCCACAAGACCUGCCAGAUAGCAAGGCUGCUGGCCCUGCGACGGCCUUCAAUUCUGCUGUACCCCUCCGCAUACUCAACAAGGGCCCUGACUACUUCAGAAAACAGGUGGAACCUAACCCAAAGCGCCUAAGUGCUGUUGAGAGACUAGAAGCUGACAAAGCCAAGUACGUCAAGAGCCAGGAAGUUAUCAAUGCCAAGCAAGAGCCUAUCAAACCAUCCGUGCUGGCAAAGCCUACUGUCUGUCACCCACUGCUGUCCAAGAGAGGCUCUGGGAUUGGUGGAGGAGGAAAUGGAGGCGGGAUACCUUUCAAAGCAUCGAAUAACAAUGCGAAGUCAGACACAUGUGCAACAAGCAGUGGCGGCAGCAAACGGGAGAAUUUAAACCUGGAGAUACUCAAAAAUCUCCUAAAUUCAUCGUCCUCUUCAGGCGCUGGACCUGAAGGACUAGGAGGUGGAGCUAAGAGUGCUGUACUGAUGAGGUCAUCGAUGGAAAUGGCCAAGAGUUGGAUGCCAUCAGGGAUCCCAUUAACAUACCGAUCUACAAUGACACUUAAUGAGCGACCUCCAGACUCAGGUCCCAGUCCAAGCACCUCACACUCUCUCCGCUCCUUCUCCCAUUCCCUGAAGGUCCCCCCGAUCAACAGCGGGGGACGUCAUAGUCCACAACAAGGAGGAAACCUCAACCUCAGCAGACGAGUCCUGGACGAAAGAGGAGGCAAGGGAAUCAUUGAUCGCUCUCGUUCUCCACUACCGCCUCUGCUCACCUCCCACUCCUCCUCUGACCUCUUGCGACUGUGCAAUGGCAAGCCACUCCGCACCGCCCGAUCCAGCAGCUCCUCAGCUCCUCCCCUCCCUCCAAAACCUAACCCUGCAUCCCUUCCUCCUCCCAUACUUUCUUUGUCAAUGCGUCCCCCUCAACCAAAUCCAUCUGCCACACCCUGUGACAACACCGCCCCUCAAUCGCUACCUUGUGAUUUUGGAGACCCUUCCAAUACUUCAAUCAAUCCCCACCUGGAGGUAGAGCUUGGCUCAUCUGUAGCUUGUCGCUCCUCACUACACAGAUCUAAAUCAGACCUGUCAGACCGGUAUGCCCGGGCUGGAGCUGACGUGGAACGCUUUUUUAACUACUGUGGCCUCGACCCAGAGGAGCUUGAGGCAGUUGGUCCAGAGAAUUUUGCACGAGCCAACUCAGACAUUGUCAGCCUGAACUUCCGAUCAGCUUCUAUGAUCUCCUCCGAAUGCGACCGCUCACGGCAAUCCUCCAAUGAUGGGUUGUCAGACGGGGAAGAGGGUGAGGACGAGGAGGAGGAGGCUGGGGAGCGUGUUCCAUAUGGAAUCUCAGCUGUGGAACGAAAUGCAAGAGUCAUUAAGUGGCUUUACAGUAUCAAACAGGCAAGAGAGACACAAAAGGUGUCACAUGUUUAGGACAGAAAAACUGCCUUGUGUUUCAGAAUGGAUAGAUGGAUUAUUGAAUGGAUCAAAUAGAAAGUCUGCCAGGUCUAUCCAAACUAGGUGAGGAAAUUAAUGAAUAGAUUAAGAAACGGACUCUUGUCAUCCAAGAUUAACACCAAGGAAAUGUAGGGAAAUAUGAAUGGAUGGAUAGGAACAUAAUCAUACAUCUGGAGAAACAAAUAAACAAAGGACAUAUAAGUAAGUAAACAGUUUCCCUAUGGACACAGUUUAAACUGACAGACACAUAAGUCCAAGGACCCAUAAAACCACAUCUUCACUAUAACGGAUUACAGGCCUUUCUCACAGAGUACAUUUUGGCUUGUCAGACAGGGGUAGAGGGGUGUAGAGCGGUCAUUCUCUAACAGAGGGUUGGCACUUCGAUCCCAGCCUUCCCCAUUCCGCAUGCCAAAGUGUCCUUGGGCAAGAUACUGAACCCCAAAAUUGCCCCUUUUCAUAGAGAAAGUGUUGCAGUAGAUGCCCUGUAUGAAUGUGUGUGUGAAUGGGUAAAUGACAAAAACUGUACUGUAAAGCGCUUUGAGUGGUCAUCAAAAAUAGAAAAGCGCAAUAUAAAUACAGACUAUUUAAUUUUAGUUGCAGGCUGGUUUCUAAAUUUGUUUCAAAAUACAAUCAUUGCCCAUAUCUCUGAUGCGUUCUGUGCGUUGAUAGCCCUGAUUCUUUGCACAUUCACGGCUGUUUCCCCAGUUGGAGAAAUGGGUGACCAUUCAAUGCAUUUGAAGUGGGAUUGUAAAUAGAGACAUCAUCUAAAUAUAGUGGCUUCAGGAAGAAUUCAGACCCCUCACUUUUUGGGAAUUUUUUCUAGUGUUUUGUUGAUUCAGUUUUAAAUGGAUGAAAUUUAAAUUUUUCCUGUCAGUGUACUAAUCCAGCUAAUGAUUCAUAAUGACCAAGUGAAAACAUGUUUUUAAAAUUGUUUGUUAACUUGUUCAAAGCUGUCUUCAGACAAAUUUGUGUCCGGACUAUCCCCGCAAUUAGCCUUUCACACAUGAUCAACGCAGCGGGAGUUCUCUCCUCAGACCCGUUAACAACAGCAAAAACUCCUCUGCGGGAUUCAGGUGAGGGGUAGUGCUGGAGGCAGAGGCAGUAAGUAACACAUUGAUUCUGCUGUGGAGUUCAGGUGAUUUUGUAUACAGCACAUGGACACCACAAACUCGCUUGACAUCUUCAUCGUCUUCUACUUGUAUGGCUCCACUUUUUAAUCAUGAGAUGUUUGGUUUCCUUUUGUUUUUUUUUGCGUCUGUUGUGUGUUAGAAGCAUCAUCAGUACAUCAUACUAGAGUAAUAGAGCUAAAGUAUAGUGCGAUUUGUCCCCUUCUGAAUUUCAAGGCAGUUGUCCAGUUGUUGGACUGAGCAACAGGUAUUAGUUCCACUUGUGCUUUUCUUGCAAUGACAAGUCAAAAAGUCCACUUUGGAAAAUGCCCGUCAUAGUGUUCAAAUCUCUAAUUAAACAAACUUGGAAAAGGUCCUGCACUCUUAGAAAAACAGAUAUGGAACUCUAUCUGUCAAAAACUAGAAAGCACUUUGGAAAGACAGCUUUGUGAAGCUACUAGAUACUUGUUAUAGGUGACCGUUAAAUGAAUAAUUGAUCAAGUCACUACUUAUUCAGUGAGUCCCAAAGUCUCACUACAUUGGUAAUGAAUCAAGUUGUUAACUAUGACAUUGCAAGGUUCUGAGAAACAUGAAACAUGAGUGGUGGCAAGCUAGCUUUCAACAAGUUUUAACUUGUGGUAAUAUCGAUAUCAAAAUUACUCAUUUAAGGCUUUAAAGUGUGUGAAGAUUGAGUGACAGAGAAAAAAAGAGGACAUUGGCAGUGAGAGGUUAAGACAGAUAGACACAUGAUAUCAAAUCUAAUAUCUCAAACAUACUUAUCCAUACAGCAUUAAGGUAUUUGUGCUAACAGGCCAAUUUUAUUAACAAUGUUCUUAUCAACCUGUUAAUUUUAAGCAAUACAACAUUGCACUGGAGAGUUUUAGUGUCCUAUGAUGAUAUAUGGUUAUUCAGUGGCUGUACUACACUGACAAUAUAUUUAGAAUUCAUUCACAAUUUGGUUAAAUGUACAAAAUAUUGUUUACAAGUGAUUUAGUGAUUUAACUUGUUUGGUCCACUUAGCUUCUGGUCAGUCUGACAUAGUAGACAUGUGAUGAAAAUAGCAUGACAUUUAAAGAUGAACUGCUCUUAAAUGUGUAUGGCUACCAGGCUCUCAAAACCCAGAAAGGUUUGACCCUGAUCAUGUGACAAUUUCCCUGAUUCAUGUUAUCUGAACAACGCAGUCCAGUUGCAGUCUCCCUCAGUCAAGGUCAAUGCAAAUUGAAUACACAAAUCAGGUUUCUGUAAUCCAGAUGUUUUUCUCAUUUGUGGGUCCAUCUUGCUCUGAUGAUAAUGCAGGAGGAGAUCAGCCAAACUGUCCAAUCAAUGGCUCACUGGUCUGUUCAUAUGGCUUCAUGUUUACUUCUCCUAGUUCAAUUAUAAUAUGUCAGUAAUAAGUCACUGGGUGAAAACUAAAUCAACCAAACUACAGGUGGGGCCUGAAAUCUGUACUCAUAUUAUAGUACAUGCCACUGUCAAUAUCACUUUUCCUUCAGUAAAAUAUACUUUUAUAUCACAUGCAAAGCUGCAGAAUCCCUGAGCACAUCCAAUGAGUCAUGGGUUUCGCAAGCAUAACUGCCCACAACACAGAUUGGCAGUCGGGUAAGAUGAACAGCACUCAGUGCAUUUCUCAAUAGUAAUGCUGCAGGACACCAAAACUCUCCUUUCAAAACAAUGUCCGUAAAACUCUGUCAUAAUGUACGCCGCCAUUCUAAUACAUGCACACUGAAAGUAAUACUUGUGAAGCUGUUCAUUAUUACUAUAUAGGACGUAUUAUAAAUGGAAAGGGUGAUUGUGGUCAUGUUAUAUGUCAGCAUUCUCUCCAAAGUUUUUUAUAAUUGCUUGUCCUAUAAAUCGCAAACACACAAACUUCACCAGAGAUUCUGCUGUAUGUCAAAAAACCCCAGUAGGCAGCAUUCAUCAUAAACACCGUGUUGAUGUUGAUGUUCUCAGCUCUGCUUUCUCUCUGUUGGCAGUUCAGUCCCCAAAGCCAGCCGUAGAAUGUGUAGCUUUAAAAGCCCCUGUGUGUUCCUCGAUAAUAAAGAGAGGUGGGUUGCCAAAUUUGCCUCCGCUAUUACCUUUGUCAUCUGUAUCCAUGUCUGUAAGUUACUGAUAUGCCUCAAAGUCUGAAGUUAUAUCGAUAUGAAUGCAAUGCCUCAGUCACCAUUAACCAUCAGUGUAUCUGUCACCCCACCACCUUCCGUCACCUCAUCAACAGCAACAGCUCUGGGUUUGCCUUACUUCACCUCACUAUAGGUAUCUGGUUUGGAAUUCACAUGGUGACUACAUAGUGUGUAGGAGAUAGCAGGGAAAGAUGAGGCACAAUUUAGUUAAAGUGACUAUGGAGUUUUCUGCCAUCACUAUCAGCUUGGUUACUGUCAAGAAACAUCUCAAAUAAUUUGAAACUAGAAACAUUCAUCUCAGUACUGUGAUGAAGGCAGAGCAAACCAUCCAGUUGUAUUAUUAAAUUAUUGAAAUUAUAUUUGUUAAAUGAAAGUUGUAAUUCACCAUUGAAACCAAAAGUGAUCCUAUAUCACCAAAAGUGAUAUUGCUCAUCAUUUGAUGAAAAGGAAAGGUUAGUAGAAGUAUGGCCUUGAAAUAAAACAAGAGAACAUCUAACAUGUUCAAAUAAAGCUGUCAUGUCAUGAAAUUUCACUUUUAAUGCACACUUCUCACUAAAUUAGACUCAAGUUGAAGUGAAGUGGCCAGUCGGGAGACUCUCCCCCUCUCCUCACUCUGACCUCAGGGCUGUGCCUGCAUGUUUGACCCCCCUCCAACCCCCGGCCGGACCCCAGUAAAUCCUGCUGCUUCUCAGCAUAAGCAUUAAUAAUAACAAUACUGUACUGUUCUGGCAGUAUAAUCAUGCUUCACAGUCACUGGUGUUUUUUUAGCUUGGAUUGACAGUUCUUUUGUGUUACCUGCUUUGUUUAACUUUUUUCUUGUGUGUGUACAUGCUGUAAGAAAAUGUAUAUAAAGCCAUGCGUUGGAUUUUAUUUUUUCUCUGUCUGAAGGUUUAUGUAAAGAAAAGAUUCUAAAAAAAAAAAAAAAUCAGAUGUUUGCCCUUAGUACAGACGUUUCAGAUCAAACUGGGCAGGAUUGUUUCAGAGAACAUGAGACUAUGUUUUUCAACAUGGAAACUGCUCAUUUUUGCUUGACUGAAAACAAAAAACAUGUCAAUGUUCAGUUUAUUUUGCAUUACUUCAAUGAAUGUUUUUGAUUGCCAUCUUUUGUCACUGAUGUGUUUUUCAUGUGUUUAUUACUUGAAGGAAAAUGUGGCAUAAUAACAGGCUAAUGGCACACUGAAAUUCCUGAGUCUGGAACCAUGAAUGACCAUUCCAAAGUA